ACCAAAACGUCACACUUAUUGUUGUGUUUACCUCGAAAAUACUUCAUGAACCAUUCGCAAAAGUUGCACUUAACUUUCUGGAGAACUGUUGCUGCACACACAGUGAAGAGAUAUGAAGCAGCUCUAAUGAAGUAUGAAAAGAUGUGCAUGCAGAGCUUAGUAAAUUUGUGGAGCUGUGCCAUCUUGAUCUUGAUAUCUCUGGAACCCUUCUCCCUAAGACUGAAAACAAGAGCUAAAGCCAGUGCUAAUGUAACAAAGCUGAAACCCGUCUACAACUUUGGCAGGAACUUUCUGGGUUUGGACAAAUGCAAUGCCUGUAUAGGAACAUCUCUGUGCAGGAAGUUCUUCAAAGAAGAAAUCAGGUUUGAAAACUGGUUAUCUGCAGGUUUAAAACUCCCUCCUAGCCACAAGACGACGUACUUUGCGAAUUACACUGCUGAUACAGAGAACUGGAAGCCAGUCAUCAUCUCUCGGUUACAAAGCAAGUUUCAAGAUGAACUUUCUGAUUGGAAAAUUUGCACCUCAGCUUCAAAGAAAGCCACAUGCAGCAUUGAGAAUGUUCUGAGAAACACUGAACGAUUCCAGAAAUGGCUGGCAGCUGAUCGGCUGACUGCUGAUUUAGUUCAGAGUCUCCCUAGCCCUUUGUUGAGAUGUCCAUCCCAACGGCUGUUGGACCGGAUUGUUCGGCGUUACGCUGAAGUGAGGGACUCGGGCAGUGUCCUGAUGCGCCAGUUCACUGAUCGGGAUAAACUCCGUCUGCUCUACACCUUGUCUGUCAACACCCACCCCAUCGUACUGCAGCUUUUUCCAGGGAUAGAAGGAUGGCCAUUUUUGCGCUAUUUUGGAUCUUGUGGUCGAGUAAUUGUGACUCCAUGGACUAAUUCCAUCAGAGAAUUUUAUAAUGCAUCUCUGGAGGUCAUUGUAGACAUCGCCUACCAGCUUCUGCAAAUUACUCACUCCAUGAAAAACAAUGACUUGAAUUAUUUCUUCUACUACACCAGUGUCCAUGACAACAUGUUUGGUACUUUUGAGGAUGGACGUCUUUAUAUUACAGACACCAGCACUAUUGGCAUCAUCGAUCAACAGGAAGAUAAAGGAUUUGUCCAUGAAAUAAAUUGGAAAAAAGAUGUGUUCUCUUGUUUGGCUUCCAACUGUGAAAUGGAACUUACACCUUGUGAGAAGAUCAGUGAGGCACAGAACUUCAUCAAGGUGUGCAAAGACCUACUCCCGAACCUACUGACAGACAAAUUCGGGUCUUCUCCAGCUCUCCAGAAGCAAAUCAACACAUUUCUGAGGCUCUGCAGUGAUAAGUUGCUCUCAGCCAAUGUUACCCUGCAGGCAGCUGAUCAGCUUAUGGAAUUACUAAAAUCCCAUCAAUCCUGCGAUCCUCAUUUUGAAUACAGGUAUCCAGAAUGUAAAUACAGUAAAGGCUACUGAGACCCAAUUUGCUUUCAUAGGCAUUUUGUUUCUUCAGGUCAGAGUGAUUCUAUAUAGAUUGAUGGGUUUACUUGAGCUAGAAAAAAUGAUUGGUGUUGGUUAUAAUUGUAUUUCAAUAUGAAUGUCAUUUAAACAAUUUACUGUGUCUGUGGUUACUUUACUGGACUGAUAAUCCAAAAAGUCUAGAAUAAUAAUCCAGGGAACAUCAAUGGAAUUCAAUUUCCACUAUACCAGUUGGAAAAUGUGUAUUGUUUGUGGAAUGGCUGGAUGUUAUAAAAGCAUGUGUCAAUAAAACUGACCAUGAAGUUGUUCGGUCAUCAGUGGAGCUCAGUUGGUUACAGAGGAAUGUUUUAUAGAGACAGAGUCAUGGCAUCCUGAUGUUUGGCCUGUCUGCAAUGCCAGUCCCAUAUCAAUGGCUUGAUUCUUAACUGCAAGCAACUGGUCAUACUUACUCAAGGUAAACGAUCCCGGUCUUACUGGCACAGCACAUAUCCUGAGUAUGAGUUCAGGAAAUGUCAGCUCAACUCAGUCAGAAGUAUUGCCCCAGAUAUUCCAAGGAGCAGCAAUUACAGACAGAUUGCCACUCUGCUUCUACUUGCUUACGUUAGGACUGAGCUCCAAAUUUCUCAUGUACAGUUCCCACCCAGUUCCUUCAGGAGUCUGGAUUAUACCUGAUAUCCAACAGUUAGCUCACAAGUGCAGGGUACUGAAGGGACAUCAAACCUCUUCCACUUACAUACUGCAGUACCUGCUGUUAUGACACGGAGUUAAACCAACCCUCCCAGCUCAUUUAAACCAGAAACACAAAAGAUUUACCCUGUGCGGCAAUGUUAAAAUUUAAGAAGUUAAGAACCAUCCCAAAGUUCACCAUUUAAAGUUAAAAUUAACAACUUUUUUUUAAAGUCUAAGAGAAUAAUUAACUAACAACUAUUCACAACUACUUUCUCUAACCUAUUUGUUUUACUUUCCCUUCUAUAACAAUAGUCCGAUAAAACCCCCCAAAUAAGAUUUACCAAAAAUUCAAAUUUCACAGCCAGCUGUCGAAUCUUCUCUUCGUAUCUUCCUCGGUUUUCUUCUUCUUAGGGAUUUAAGUUUCACAGGACAUUGAUAGGUCUCUUAAAGGUACCUUUAUCUAUUCUAUGGACAGUCUGCAGAUGUUGGUGGCUUGACAGUUCGCCUCCCAACUGUUCAAUUGUUCCCGGUCUUAUACCCCCAAAGAAUCAGAUUGUUUGAUUGGUUUUCAAUAUAGUCAAUAUCCUAAAUUCAAACUUGAUUGGAGAUUGGUAUUUUGGGGUAUAAUUUAAACUGAUCGGCCGAAUUCGAAUUUUUGUCUCCAGACAACCCGGCUAGUACUAGCUGUUCUGAACCAAAAGUACAUUGUAAGUUCUCCAGCACUUUGUGUGCUUCUCUAAGUCUUUGCUAGCUUUCAACUUUCUUACAGGUACAGUACCCCUUACACCUUCAUAACACAUAGCCGUAUUCAUUUAAAUGCCCAACAGCACAGCCACGAUGGCAGCUUCUGAGAAAAGGCAGGUAUAGGAGGUUUGAGUGCCAGGUGGGUAAGGUAGCAAGUUUUUUUUUGGGGGGGGGUCACUAGUCAGGUGGUAUAGCUAGGGGUAAAUAGUGAAUCAGGGAAGUCAGUUUAUGGUUACUCUGGAAUUACAUUACAUUUCUAAUUCAUUAACUUUCCCCAUCCAACUAAUACACUUAAGUUAAAAACUUUGAAUUCUCUGCAUUUAAUAGAUUAUUUUGGUGGUGGGAUUCCUGAUGCAGGGGGUUUGUUGAUAAGAAUCUACAAUUUCCCGGGCAGUUUCCUUGCAGUUUUCCAUGUCUGGGAUUCCAGCUGGUCCUGACGUAGAGCUCAGUUUCCAGUGCUCCAACCAAUAUCUGGGCCAUUUCUCCAUCUCAGUCAGAACCUGGCCACUCCAAUCCACACCCAGAUUAGAGUACAUUCUGUAAGGAGGAGGUGCUGCUAGAACUAGAUGUUAAACCAAGCUGCAAUCUGUUUGCUUGAGAUAAAUUGUAACAUGGUGCCUUUCUUUAAAGCAAAAACACAGAUCUGAUCAACAUUUCCCUUGUCUCAGUACCAACAAAAUCACAAUAUUUAUUCGUCUUCGUGGGUUGUAGCUGAUAUCCUUUCCAACGCAAAAACACACAAUCAAUGCAUCCUAAUAGUAACUUACUGGCUGAGAAACAGGUUUAAAAACAGUGACAUAUAAAUUAAAAAUAUAAUUUCAAUAUUGAUCAUGGAAUUGCCUCUGUCAACACUCUUGAUAAUGGAUUCAAUCAGCCAGGAAAUAAAUUAUCACAAAUCAAAAGACCUCGAGGAAUAUCUACGAGGACCUUUAGCCUGGACAAAUCACCAUUUAGUUUUUCACACUGAACAUUUCUAACUGCGGAUCGUUCAGACAUUUGAAAAGAUGUACAUUGUGCUGAUCACUCUAAUCCCUUUAUUAUUCCUCAGUUCCACCCAAAUAAUUUCCCUACAUGUAUUUCUGGGAAUAUCCUACCUCAGUACAGCUGUAAUGCUAUCCCUUAUCUUACCUUGUUCGCUGCUUUGCUCUUGCCUGACCUGACUUUUCCCAACUGUACCAGUCUCAGACUGAUGUCUUUCCUAUCUCCGUGGUCUCUUAAAUCCUCCUGAGCCAGUUCCAGCAAAUUUCCCUGCCAGUAUAUUAGCCCCCUUCUAAUUCAGGUGCAAUCCAAUCUUCUUAUAUGGAUCACAUCAACCUGAGAAAAAUCUUCAAUGAUCCAAAAAUGCAAACCCUUCUCCCCUGUACCAGCUCCUCAGUGCAAAUACAUCUGCUAUCCUUCUAUUUCUAUCCUCACUAGUUCAUAGCACCGGGAGUAAUCCAGGUAUUAUUACUCUCGAGGACCUCCUUUUUAAAUUCCUGCAUAAAUCUCUAUAUUCUCCCUUCAAAAUCUCAUCAUUUUCCCUUCCUAUGUCGUUAGUUCCAGUUGGCACAGCAACCUCCUGCUGGUUCCACUCCUUUUUGAGAAACUCUGCAUUCUCUCUGAGAUAUCCUUGAUCAUGGCCUCAGGAAGGCAACACACCAUUCUGAUUUUACAUUGCUGGCUGCAGAAAUGUCUGUCUGUGCCUCUGACUAGAGAGUCCUUUAUUAUAAUCGAUUGCUUAGAACCUGAGGUAUCCCUCAUUUCAUUAAAGCCAGUCUCAGUAUCAGAAACUUGGCUGUUCAUGCUACACUCCCCCGAGAGUCCGUCACCCCCUACAUUUUCCAAAAAGGCAUAGUUAGAGUCAGUGUCAGAUGUACAGCACAGAAACUGACCCUUCUGUUCAUUGUCAAUUCUGUCCUUCAUCUAUCAAAUCAAAUAGGCUACACUCAUUGAAGAUUUCAUCUGAUAUGAUUGUAGUGUUUGGGAUUGGAGGUGAAUUUAGCAAAUGACAAUCACUUAUAUUACAAUGUAACUUACUGACCUUUAUUUGUCUAUAACGAGUGAUAUUUCCAAUAAAUUAGGUGUAAGUGCUCCCCCUUGUGGGGAUGUGGUCUUUGUUUGCUGGUUAUGAUCUUAGAGAUCUCACUGGGUUCUCCGAAAGCCUAUUUGUUCUCAUGUCUGGAACCUGCUGGUUUAUGUGCUUUGAAUCUGUAAAAACAAUCUUACAAUAAAAACAGAUCCAUUUGAAAGAUUGCAAUAUCACAUAUGUUCAUUAAUAAAAUACUAAAUUCCAAAACUGAA